ACGAAUUUAUUUAAUAUUAUAAAAAUUUUAAAUUUUAAAAUUAAAAUAAUUAUAAAUGAUCAAUAAUUGGCUGCUACCGACGGUGUCUAUAAAGCUGUCAAGCCAGCGCACUGUUAGUUGCUACGGACUUUUGUUGCAGUGAUCAUGAUUGCAAAAGUAUAGCAACUUUCGAUGGGUUGCUUUGUGAGCAAAAUCACUACUGAGGCGGAUCGUCGCACCGGCACUAAAGACGAUGAUAGAUCUAAGUUACCUGCACCGCUACCUCAUCAGUCAAUAGAUCCGAUUGAAUCUCGCUCCUCUUCUGAUGACGAUAAUCAAAGUCAUCCGCCUGCAACGCUCCCUCUCCGGUCACCGGCUCUUGAUUUUUUUGAAUAUAGCCAGUUUUCCGAUGAGGAAAAUCGAAACCUUGCACAUCCACCGCCACUUCACCAGUCACCGGUUCUAGAUCCGAUUGAAUCUAGUUCAUCUUCUGAUGAGGAGGAUCGAAAUACAGAUCCGAUUGGAUCUGGCUCACCAAAUUCUAAUAAGGAGAACGGAAUUGACGCAGCAGCCUCUGAGGAUACUGAAAGAAAUAAGAUGAUGGAGUAUGGUUUUAAAGAACUGGCAAAGGCAACUGAUUAUUUCUCCAACAAUUGCCUGCUUGGGGAGGGAGGUUUUGGUCAAGUCUUCAAGGCAACCUUAGAUUGUGGAGAGGUUGCCAUUAAAAAACUUAAGAAAAUAAAUUUCGAAGAUAAAUUGGAGGAGGGCGAGUACCUUAGAUGUGUGAGUCACCCAAAUAUUGUCAAAAUGAUUGGGCACUGCAGUGAAGGAGCCGAUAGACUACUGGUUUUAGAGUUUGUUCCCAAUCAUAGCUUGGCAGAUCAUUUACAUGUAGAAAAAACUAAGGUUUUGGAGUGGCCGACAAGAAUGAAUAUUGCCAUACAAUCUGCAAAAGGAUUGCUGUAUCUACAUGAGUGUAGACCCAAAAUUAUACAUCGAGAUAUUAAAUCAGAUAAUAUUCUUCUUGAUAACGAUUUUCAACCAAAGGUUGCAGAUUUUUCACUUGCAUACUUUUUGCCGAAUGCUAGUAAUGUUAACCACAUUACUAGUAUAUUAAGGGGAACUAAUGUGUAUGCUGAUCCAGAAUAUGGUGAUAUCCAAAGAGUUUCAGAAAAGUCAGAUGUCUAUUCUUUUGGUGUUGUACUUUUAGAAUUAAUCACUGGAAGAAGACCUAUGGAAUUAAUCACUGGAAGAAGACCUAUGGAUAAACAAGGCGAUACUAUUAUUAAUUGGGCAAGGUAUCGCAUUGGACGAGUUUUGGAGAAUAGUGAAUACAACGAUCUAGUUGAUCCCAAAUUGCAACAGGCGUAUGAUGAGGCGGAAAUGCUAAGAAUGAUUACUUGCGCUGCGGCUUCGGUAUACAAACCUUCACGCUCUCGACCUAUAAUGAAACAGAUAAUUGAAGUUCUUGAAGGAAAUAUGUCUCACAUGAAGAUAAUGAAACGGAAAGACGUUGAAACUCUACAAGGAAGGGCUACUACUAAUCUAGAAUCAGUACUUGGCGUUGAGAGGAUACAAAUAGCUCCACAAAAAAUAUUUACUUACAAAGAAUUAGCAAAGGCAACUGGUGGCUUUUCUAAUGCCAACCUCAUUGGCGAGGGUGGUUUUGGUCAAGUUUUUAAGGGAAUACUUCCAAAUGGUGAAGUUGUUGCAAUUAAGAAGUUUAAAUCUUCGCCUAACCAGGAUGAAGGUGAUUUUCCGGCGGAGAUUACAACGCUUAACCGCGUCUAUCACAAACAUCUAGUGAAGAUGAUUGGAUUUUGCAGUGACAAAGCAAAUAGAUUGCUUAUCUUGGAGUUUAUUCCCAACGGAUCUCUACGAUAUAAUUUAAAUAGAGAAGACAAAGUGAUUAUUGAUUGGCCUACCAGAAUGAAAAUUGCCAUAGGUUCUGCAAAAGGAUUGGCAUAUUUACAUGAAAUCUGUAAUCCUAAGAUCAUACACAGAGGUGUCAAAUCAAAUGAUAUACUUCUUGAUCAAAACUUUGAACCAAAGAUUUCAGAUUUCGGGCUUGCCAAGGAAUUGCCAAACCCUUAUACCCAUGUGACCACUAUGAUAAAGGGAACCAUGGGUUAUCUAUGCCCUGAGUAUUUCAGAACUAAUCAGCUCUGUGACAAGUCCGAUGUAUAUUCUUUUGGGGUGGUGCUUCUGGAGUUGAUUACUGGGAAACCAGCUAUUCUCAGGGAGCACAAUGUUUUCAUUGGAUCCUUAACUUCCUGGGUAGCCCCUCAAUUGAGACAAGCUCUAGACACCCAUAAUUAUAAUGAUAUUAUUGACAGUAAAUUGCAGAAUAAUUAUAAAAUAACAGAGGUGAUUCGAAUGAUUCACUGUGCAACAGCUUGUGUUUACAAACCUAUAAAUUAUCGUCCAAAAAUAAGCCAGAUUGUUGAAGUCCUACAGGGAAAUUUGGCAUCUGAAAGUAUAUGGCUAAAUAGUGACAACGCUUUCCUUCAAGAUCCCUAUGGCCAUUACUGAAAUCCUAGAUCUACCUCUAUCCAGUGAACUGCAUCAGCCCCUGUAAUUUUAUGUAUCCGGUUCCCUUUUUGUAUAUCCACAUCUUCAUCAAAUACAAUUCUCACUGUCUUAAAUUUCAAAAUUUUCCUUUCACAAAA